AGCCGGAUGUGACGUCAUCUCUGUGACGGCGCUAUGUGUACCCAGCUGAUCGGAGCAAAAAUAAGAUCCGUCAUUGGUGUCUUUUUCUAAUGUGGAUAUCUUAAACCACAUCAGCAUUCGGUGUCGCUCGCUACUUUCAUUCAGCGGGAAACUGCAGUGCGUGCAGUUGACACUGGAUCUUGUCGACGCCUAUUUGUUUUGGUUAAUACCAAGGCCUACCUGCAUGCUAAGCUAAUUAGCUAGCUGUCACCGUUAGCAGGACUCACGAAUGUGAACUACUGGUGAAGGAAGUGAACGGUCAGGGAUAUCUUCCCAGCCACACUCGAUCAAACGAUGAAGGUCUGACGGACAUACAAAUAUUUUAUAUUAAGCAAAUGUAUGUUGUGAAUAGGUAGAAAGUGAUUGGAAGCCUAUGUAGCCUAUCCAUUGGUCAUAGACAGCCUAUGACAGAUACAUUAUCUUGUGCCAGCAGCGCUCUCGUCCAGCUUUAAGAUGUGGUUAAAAUUGUUCUUCUUACUCUUGUAUUUCAUAGUGUUGUUUAUGCUAGCAAGGGUUUUUGAGGCGGUAGUUUGGUGUGAGACUGGUAUGUUCGCCUCUCAGCUUGUGGAUCCAGUUACUCUCAGUUAUAAGAAGUUGAAGACCAUCCUGGAGUGUCGAGGGCUGGGAUACUCCGGACUGGCUGAGAAGAAGGAUGUCAGCGAGCUGGUAGAGAAAUCAGGAGAGUUGACACAGGGGGAGCUGUACUCUGCCAUCAAGAAAGAGAAGGAGCAGACAGAGGCAGGAGAUGCCAGCACAACACACUUCAGUGGAGAAAUGCACUUCUAUGAAUUAGUGGAGGACACUAAAGAUGGGAUAUGGCUGGUUCAGGUCAUUGCCCAGGACCGUGAAGCUUUGCUCAGUCAUUCCAACUGGGGGAAGAUGGUGCAGAAAGUGUCUCAGUUUGGGAUCAGAACUGGAACCUUCAACUGCUCUAAUGACUACAGGUCUUGCAUCAAGCGUGGCUGGCAGCGCUCCACUCUCAUCAUGUCUGUUCCUCAGACUUCAGCAUCAAAGGGCAAAGUCAUGCUAAAAGAAUACAAUGGCCGUCGCAUUGAAACUGAUCACAUCUUCCGCUGGAUGACCUCGCAUGUGGCUCAUCGAAUCAAAACCCUGCAUCAUUCUGAGCAAUUGGUGGAGGAGUGGCGCGCUGAUCCAGCCCACCCAGUUAAGAUGUUUCUGUUCGCCCGUCUGUCCCAGCCUCCCGCCUUCUUCUCCUCGCUGUCAGUCAAGUUUACCGGCAGGAUUGAGUUCAUCUUCGUAGAUGUACGUCACUGGGACAACUACAGCAGCCUAUCGGAGAUUGAUGUGUCACAGAGCCCUGCCUACAUUCUCAAGAUGCCUGAGGGCAUCUACCGCUAUGGCAACAGUACCGGGGAGUUCCUAUCCCUGGCUGCCAUGGAUACUUUCCUGCGUUCGGUCCAGCCGGAGGUCAAUGAUAUGUUUGUCCUCAGUCUGGUCCUGAUUAACUUGCUGGCCUGGAUGGAUCUCUUCAUUACACAGGGAGCAACAGUGAAACGAUUUGUAGUUCUGAUCCGAACACUUGGAACCUACAACUCUAUACUGCUGGUGUCCUGGCUUCCUGUUCUGGCUCUCCUUCAGAUGCCCUAUCUGGACACUCUGUAUAGUUACAGUCUGAAGCUGCUUCGUUAUGCUGACACCACCACAUUGGCCAGCCUGGUGAGAGCUGACUGGACUUUCUACUCAUCCCACCCAGCUCUCUUCCUGUCCACCUACCUGGCCCAUGGCCUGCUGGUCGACUACUUUGAGAAGAAACGCCGCUGUGGAAUCAGGAGCCAAGAGGACAGCACCACCAACCUGGAGUGGCUGGCCAGUCUGUGGGACUGGUACACUUCGUAUUUGCUCCACCCAAUCGCAUCGCUGCAAGACCCAUCUGACCACUCAGACUGGGAGGAUGACCCCAACUUCUUAUUUCAGCGUUUGGCUUUCCCUGAUCUCUGGCUUCGCCCGUUAGUAAACAUGGACUAUAUUAAUGCCCUGCCAACCUGGAGGUUCAGAGCUGUUGGUCAGGACAGGGGGGAGGUGUCUGGUGGAAGGUUGGAUGAAGACACAGAUAGUUCACAUUCAGACACAGAGAGCAGGGAGCAGAUGGAUUCCCUUCCUGCAGAUCCCAGCAGACCUCCACACAGCAGCAAAAGACACAAGAGAUCAAUGUGCAAUCAGGACAGCAACUCACAGCUCUCUGUGUACAACAACAUAGACCCCAGCAGUAGCUGUCAGUGUGUGUGUGCUGUUGCUGCAUCAUCCUUUUGCUGUCGUCAUGGGAACAUAAUCCCACCAUCAGCAGACAGGGCACUGAUGGACGGCUGCCUCACACUUGAAGGUGUCUCCAACCAUCAACAAUCUGAUUGGUCGGUGUGGCCCUGUGACAUGCUGCAGUGUUCAGAGUGUGUGGUAUGUCUGGAGAACUUUGGAAGUGAGGAGCUGCUGAUGGGUCUGCCAUGUGGCCACGCCUUCCACCAGCAGUGCAUUGUGGUGUGGUUGGCAGCAGGCAGACACUGCUGUCCAGUGUGUCGCUGGCCCAGCUACAAGAAGAAACAGCACAGAGCUGCACAGAGCAGCUCUACUGAAAACCCACUGCAGGACUGAUGACUAUGUCUAACUGAGCCCUUCUUCGCGUGUCCUCUCUACUCUCACUGUUCAUCGGCACAUAGCUCACUUGGCAUUGAGACUGUGAUAUAAUCACAGCUUUCUUGGGGUGAAGUUGAGGCUGGGGUGGAAUUAAGGAGAAAACAUUAUCAGUAUGAGUGAGCAGGGCUGCUGUUGUCAUGACCCAUCAGUUAGCUUGCUUUAAUUACUGUUGAAGGCAAUAUGCUGGCCAUUGUGGCAGAGAUGAAACUAUGAAAAGACUAGUCACCAUGAUGUUUGUAUAGAGAGGAUAUUGAUUCACGCAGUAACAAUUGGUUAAGUCACAGCAAACUUCGUAGUGCAAUAAAAACAUAUUUCUGGUUUUGCCCUUUUCACUUACCAGUCUGUUCAGCCUAGAAAUCAUUUAGAGUGAGAUUUCUUCCACUUAGUGUUGUGAUUUCCGGCUGGAAAAAAAGCUACUUAUCAAGCGAACUGCAUUAAAACAAAAUUAUAUAAUAAAAAAAAGCAUGUACACUGUCUGCCCCACUUUAUGUGUUUAUAUUGUAAUUAUAAGUUUGUUAAGAAUUGGAGGGAACUAGAUGGGCUUCUCUAUUUAACGCUCUCAUUGGUCAACACAGGAAAGAUAUUUGCAGAUAUUUGUCAGUGCAACAAUACAAUUCAAUGAAUGAAUCGGGUGUGAAAUAUCACACUUCAGUCUUCCGGUUUUGAAGGUAUUGACAUGACCCCACCAACGUCUCAGAAUCUUAAUUUUUACAUGACUUAAGUAUUUAUUUUGAUUUUUCCAGAGAUAAUGUGCCUAGAAAAGUUUCCUGCCCUACCAUUAUCAAUAGUUUCUACCUUAAUUCUGCCUCACAGUGUGUCCCUCUAGUCUAGGGCAUUUAAAAAUGCAGUACUUGAGCUGUGAUUUAUCACUCAGAACCCAAAAACAUACAGUUGUUGUAAACCUUGUUUUUAGAUGAGGACCUGAAUAAAGUUAGUUGGUCAUAGUGUAGAUCAAGUACCCAAUUACUGAGCCAUGUGGGGUAUUCAGCAACAUGUCUGGAUCACCGACAUUGUAUUUUGACAACUUGCAUAAGUUUUACACAAUAACUUAUAAUAACUAUAUUAAAGACCAAUAAGCCUCUGAUUGGAUGUGCUCUAAACCACACAUGGUUACAGACUUCAGUUCGGGUACUCACAUUGAUGUGAUGCAAAUGGUAUAAUGGUGCAGCACUUAAAAAACAUGCAUAACACCCCUUACGUUAGAGGCUGCUCAGAUACACACUAAUCUGCUGCCAUCAACUUUCUGCUGUGGUUUUAUUAAAAAAAUGUAUUAAAAAAGAUGGGGCUCCUACAUUUCCUAAGAAAAUGCACAGUAGCAAUACUAGUGACAGUCAGCCCUUAUUUUAACCCAGUACAGUGGCACUGGCAUUAUUUGCCUUCAUUGCAUUAGUCUUUGCCCUAACACAACUGUGGAUCCAUUAUGUUUGAGGAUUUAAAGAAAUUCUGGUUACACUUUAAGGUAUCUACAUAAGAGUGAUGUGACACUGUCGAACGUGUCAUAACAAGUCAUAAAUGUUUAUGACAUAACGCUUCUGUCAAUGUCAUUCGGUUUUUGUCGUGACAAGUUAGGGUUAGAGUUAGGUUAGGGUCAUGUCACUCUUAUGUAGAUACCUUCAAGUAAAGUGUUACUGAAAUUUCAUUAGAAAGGCUUCAGGCCCACAUAAAUGUUUUGGACACAACACAUGUAUUUUAAAAGUUACACUAUAAUAUAAUACAUUUUAGAGAUAAGUGACUUCCACCACUAGCUUGAGGCCACUGUGUUCAUAGCCAGGGCCAGAAGUUAUGUACAGCAGCUGUCAAGCUACAUCACUUAACUAAAAGCAUAACACAGUUAGAGCUGCACUAAUAAAUACUUUAUAUUACCAGUGGGUCAAAUUACUCAGAUCAAUGUGAAAGACAUUUUGUAGUGACAAACCACAGAGAAUUAUAACUGCAGUUCCCCUUAGCUUCACUGAGCAUUUUAGCCUCUUUUAGCUUGUCCUUUUAAUUAAAAACUCUGCUCUCAUCAACCUUAUUUUAAGCAGCAGGCAGCAGUUUCAGUGAAGAAGCUCUGAUAAACUCACUGUACACUACCUGCCCAGAAGCAAACCGCAGACAGACAAACAGCAGAGCUUGCAAACAAUGCUGCAGUUUUUUAAAUAUUGAAUAUUAACUAUUUGAAUUGGCUAAAAGAUUCCACAGUCCAACUCUACAGCAAAUGAAUCGGCCCAAAUGGGUUUAUAUGUUUUUCUUUUAAAUGUGUGAUGUUAUCUCUGUGAGGUAACAAUACAUGGACACAGUCCUUGUCAUGGUGGCUGUUAUUGCCUGACCCUUGCCUUUACCACGAAUGGAAAUGUGUCAGUGAGAAAACCUAAUAUUAAUUUAACAUGGUAUGAAGGUGCAAGAGGGUCCCAAGUUUUUCUUGACAUUAACCCCUUUCAUUACCCUUUUAAACAUCAGUUUCAGUGUAGCUUAGAAACAAAAAGGUUACAGUGGAAGAACUUUGCUCAGUGUGCAUGCUUUUCUUUUUUGACUUCAUCAGUCUUCAUGGUGGCUGCCAGGAGCUGAGCUGCAGCUGGGCUCCUGCUGCUGUAUGCAUUUACUGGAAGUCUGAUGACCUGCUCAUGGGUAGCUUGUUGUGCAGUAAAUCAAAGAGCCUUAGUCAGUUGUCAUUAUGUGUUAUUGUCCUGAUCAGGCCCCAAACCUACAGGCUUUGACCUUGACUAAAUUAAUAGUUUUAACCCUAAAUGUCUCAAGAAAAGAAACAAAGCUCUUAUUGAAUUAAUGUAAGUAGCUUUCACUUCUAUGUGCUGCCAACAAAAAUUAUUGUCGGUAUAUUUUCACAUUUUGAAUUGGAGGUUUUGUAGUAACUUAAACAGUUUGGGAAGAAACGCACUGUUAGACCUACAGCAUCUGUAUAGUAUAAAUGACUUGCUGAUAUUACAAUAUGACUAGGUAGUCCUGCUGCUGCCACCCUUUGGCAAAUGCAGAAACCUCCAGCAAGCUAAGGGAGCAUAUCCUUUGUUUUGUAUUGCCUAAGGUUUAGUUUACAGUUUACCUUUGAAAUGCACACAUGCUUUGCUAAUUAUCUUAUUAUGUCUAAAAUCCUGCUUGUGAAGCUGUUAGCAGGCUGUUACUUUACCCUGCAUUGUUUAAAAAAAAAAAAAUCCUGAUUUAAAAUGUCCAAAAAUAAUUGUAAUUUAUUAACUUUUAAUGGUGCUUAACCAUAAUAUUCCAACUCAUACCUGUCCUCUUUCUGUGUGUUAAGGGCAAGAAAAGAAAAAGUUAUAUGUAGAGCAGUAAGACUCAUCCAAAAUAAAAGUGUUUCAGAGCUUUA